AUGGCUGAUGAUACCGCCGAAAUGAUGAAGGCUGCUUUGCUGAAGGCUCAGGAAGACCUUCGCCGCAAUCAAUCUGAAAGUCAGCAGACUAUUGAUAGUCUCAGGAAGGAGCCGGAGUCUGUCAAGAGCAGCAAGACGCCCAAGUCCCGUGGCCAUGGUAUGACUCCCCGUAAUCUCAAUCUCGAGGAUUCUGGCGCCAGCGAAGGCACAGACGAAGAAGCCAGGUCUGACGAAGAAGAAGAGGAAGCAGAUCCUGCCGCUAAGAAAAUGGCGCUCCAGGAAUCUCAGAACAGAAAGAUACUUCGCAUGCUAGCAAAGUUACCUGGAGCACGAACUCCUAUGGCUGAAGAAUCUCCCAAUGGCUAUGCGCAGUCCCCCUUCGUGGAUGAAAUUGCAAGGGCUAGGAUUCAUAAGAUGAUCAAUGUGACCCAGCCUCACAAGCUGUACGAUGGAGCUGCGGAUCCCUAUGAUCAUGUGGCGCAAUACAAGCAAAAGAUGUGGACUCUAUCCAUUCCUGAGCACCUCCUGGAAGCUACCAUGUGCAAAUCUUUUGGAGCCACCUUAUCCGGACCAGCCUUGCAGUGGCUGAUCAGCCUAAAACCAGGUAGCAUCCAAAACUUCGUUGCUUUGAUUAACAAAUUCUACAUGCAAUUUGCCAGCAGCAGGAUUCUGGAGAAGCACAAAGGCAACCUGUAUCGCAUUAUUCAGAAGCCAAGUGAAGCUGUGAGGCAGUACCUGGACCGGUUCAAUAAGGAAAUGAUCUCAGUCAAGAACUUAGAUAUUCCCACCGCUAUCGAAGCGUUCAGGAGGGGCCUAACAUAUAAAUCUAAAUUAUAUUAUGAAUUAACCAGGUACCCCUGUAGCACGUUGGAGGAAGUUAGCGCCAGAGCUAUGGUUGAAAUCCGCGUCGAAGAAGACGAGGUGUCCAGGUAUGGGAGCGAGCCUAGCUAUGAUCAAAAGGCCCAGAAUCAGAAGAAAAGUGACUGGCACCACCAUCCAUAUCAAAAGCGCGAAACCAAUAAUGUAGCCAGCAAGGCCACAGGCAAAUCUGCUAACAAUGACUACCCAUCUAUUGCUUCGUACUGCUUUAAUGUGGAUGCAGGAGGCAUAGUAAAUGCGCUUGAAAAGCUGGGGACAACAGCUAGAUGGCCGCGCAAGAGCGACAGACCGGACAUCGAGAAAGACACCACUAAAUGGUGCAGCUACCAUGGUGACCAUGGCCAUCGGACAGAAGACUGCAACGCCCUCAAAAAAGAAGUACCCUGGCUGCUUAAAAAAGGCUAUCUCGAGCAUCUGAUGGGUAAGAAGGGACAGCGAGAGGACAAAGCUGGUCCCAGCCAGCAACAACCUCAUCCACCACCUGAACCUCUACACGAUAAGGUAAUUAAUUCUAUCUCUGGUGGCUCAUAA